AUGCUGACCGCGCUCGCCCCGUUAGCCUUUCCUGGACUCUCCAGGCGGCUGCCUGCCCCUGCGGGGCGCCAGGACUCGUCCGGUUCGUCCGGCUCCUACCACACAGCUCCGGGUUCUCCGGAGCCCCCGGACGUGGGGCCGGACACAGAAGGCCGGGGGACUUGGCUCCGGGUGGCUCCUGGGCGGGGGGCGGGCACGCAGCCUGUGCUGUCCGUCAGCGCCCAGAAUAGCCGCCAGCAGCGUUGCUCCGGCUCGGGUUUCCCGCGAGGCCCGGGCUCCGGCCCGCCGCCGCCCCGGCCCCAGCUGCGCAUGCUGCCGUCGGGGGAGAUGGAAGUCAUCUUCGGCGCGGGGCUUCCGUUCAGCCGCUCGGACGCGGAGGAUCUGGAGGAGCCACAGCUCAUGGCGCCCACCUUCAGCGGUCCCCCGCCGACCCGGCCGGAGUCUCCUGCCUCCAUCCCCGACGGGGGCGCUCGCUGGGCCACCUACCUGGAGCUGCGGCCCCGCGAGCCGCCGAGUCCGGCCGUCUCAGGGCAGUACGAGUGCGUGGAGGUGGCCCUGGAGGAGCGCAGCGCGCCCCUUAGACCCCGCACGGUGCCGAAGCGUCAGAUCGAGCUGCGCCCGCGGCCCCGGAGUCCCCAGCAGGACAGUCGCGCGCCGCGUCCCCGCCUGCUCCUGCGCACCGGCUCCCUGGACGAGUCUCUGAGCCGCUUGCAGGCCGCCGCGGGCAUCGUGCAGACGGCGCUGGCCCGAAAACUGGCCUCCGCGCUCCCGGCCCCCAGCGACGCCACUUUUAAGUCAAACGGCGAGCCAGAAUCCACGACGAACUCUCCUCGGGAGACGGCGGCCAGCACGCGUGGGCUCCCGGAAGAGGUCAAGUCCCGGCCGCCCCGCGCGCACGAUCAUCCUGCCUCCGCCAGAGCCCCGCGGCCUUGGCCCAGUCUCCGAGAGCGAGCGAUUCGGCGGGACAAGCCGGCGCCCGGGGUCGAGCCCCUGGGUCCGGUUAGUUCCAGCAUCUUUCUGCAGUCAGAGGAGAAAAUUCAUCAGGCUCACAAACAGGAAUCCAAGACCCAGUUUCCCCGGGAGACUCCCGAUCGAACGGUGCCGAGGGCACGGAGUCCUCCUUUCCAUUCUAGGGGUUCCCGGGCGGUUCCCAGUAGGGCUGCGAGGCCGAGGAGCCCCUCUCCUCCGCAGCAGGCUCCAAACGGGGCCGUGCGGGGUCCUCGCUGCUCAUCUCCCCAGAACCUCCCACAGCCUCCUAAGAUGGUUUGGAGAACGAGUAGCCCGGCCUUCCCAGGCACAUCCUCUGCGUGGGAACCUCGGAAUGCCUCCAUCGAGGACGCCGUCAGCAAAAAGACCCCUUCCCCUCCACCUCUCCCCCAGUGGACUCAGGCUGUCGCUAGAUUUGGGAACGCAUGUCCUGAAGCUCCUCUUGUGUGGAAGGCUCCUAAUUCCAGAGGCGGAGAUGCAGUAGGGCUGAGUAGGGACCCGUCGCUGCCAGCCCUGCUCCCACGGGAGUCACCUCAUCCUCUUGGAACACGUAGCCCAUCGCCCGGAGAGACCUGGCCAGGUCCUGUCGCUCAGGAUGCAUCGACGGCCUGGCGUCAGGGAGCUACGAACGGUCUAACUCAGGAGCUGGAGCCUCCCACACCACCAGCACCCGCGACUCCAGAGCUCACGGAGGCGCCGCCGUGUCUGCUCUCACUGGAAAACACGGACGUCGCUCUCAGAGGCGGUCGGCGGUCCCCAGACGCGGACACACCGGAACAGCCCCGACGUCAUCUCACAAGCGCUCUGGACGACGAUGUGUGCCCAGAAGCCUUGGGCUCGGGAGAAGCGGCUCCCGGACGCCCGCGCGUGACCAUUCCGCGGCCCCGAGACGUGCGCAAGAUGGUUAAGACGACUUACGCGCCCAGCUUUCCCGCGGGGAACCCAGGCUCCGGGCUCCCCGCGCCUCCUGCGGACACCCGCGGGGAGGACGGCGACGCAUCCAACACGCACAAGCUCCCGGCACUUGAGUCGCCCGCCCCGGCUCAUUACACUUCCAUUUUUCUCAAGGACUUUCUGCCUGUGGUACCUCACCCCUACGACUCACUAGAGCCUUCACUCCACGCAGCCCCUAAGGAUGCCCCCGCGUCCGGCGGGGUCCCGAGGCGGAGGGCAGAGAACAGCACCGCGAAGCCUUUCGCUCGCAGUGAGAUCCGCUUGCCCGGCGCCCUAGCCUUCGGCCAGCGGCGGGAGAAAAACACGAGUGUCCAAAGACGCGAUCCUGGAGGAGAAAACCCGGAUGCUGAGGCCCAGCGCCUGGUCCGGGACCGCGAGGGUCGGAGCAGCCCUUUAGGAGGCGCUCGCACCUCGACCCAGUGUUCCUCUUUAGAGUCGACAGGGACCCGACCACCUCGCCCGGGCUCCCCGCAGGCGUGUCCAAACUCGAGCCUCAGGGCAGCACCCGAAUUGGAGACACCGCUUGCGGCUCCAGCAACCGCGGUGCAGGCGCCCCUCCCUCCCGAUCCUCCGGCGACGGCGGCCAGGGCCGCUGCACCCUUCCCGCGAGCUGCCUCUGCGCCUCCCACCGACCGGCUCCCUCCUGCAUCCUCCCUGGGGCCGCGGAGGCCUCCGGGAGCCGCGCCCGCGGGGAAGGUCCUCGUAGACCCGGAGAGCGGCCGGUACUACUUGGUGGAGGCGCCGAGGCAGCCUCGGCUGCGGCUACUCUUCGAUCCCGAAAGCGGGCAGUACGUGGAAGUACUGCUGCCACCCUCGCCCUCUCCCUCCCGGCAGCCACGCCAGUCUUAUGCCCCGCUGGCCCUAGGGCCCGGCCUCUACCCGCCAGCCUAUGGGCCUAUCUCUGGUCCAUCCCUGUCGCCGCUGUCCCCCAACCUGCCGACUCUUGGUAGUCUCCAGCUACCUUGGGCUCCUGAGGCUGGACCCCUGGAGGGGAUGUACUACAUGCCCUUGAGCGGGACCCCUAGCCCAGCACCACCAAUGCUCUUCUGUGCUCCACCCUCCAGUUCUGGUCCCAUCCAGUCUAGCAAGGGUUCCGUGUUUCCUUUGUGAAGCCUGAACCCUUAUCCCCAAGAAAUUGGGUUCCUUAGAAGGCUUUGGGAGUUCCGAAUCCCAGUUUCUAUAACCUUUUUCUCCCAUCAAUUCUUUGGCCAGUUCCAGCCAGUCACCAGACCAGAAGUGACCUUAAGAGAAUGUAUCUGCUACCUGGGCUGGGCUGAUAGUGCGGGAGCAUCUUUAGCAAAUGACUGGCUGCCUACUUCCCACCCUCCCCGCCCCUCCCCGGCCCGCAACAAAAAUAUGUGUCCCUUCCCCAAACCUUCCCAGGGUGCGGUGUGUUUUGUGUAUGUGUUUAUGUAGGCAAGCAAGUCUGUCAAAGUGAGAAGCCAGUUUAGGAGGUGUUGGGGUUUCCCAGAAUAGCAGGUGUGGGAGCAGCAGGUCCGGGUUGCCUUGGUGAACUCUGUCUCCCUAACACUGGGCCCAGUUGAGUGGAGCCCGACAGUGGGUGCUGCUGAGAUGGAAGGGACGGGUGACAGCCAUCAAAUCUGGCCGUGCGCUUUGUCCUGGGAGGCUAUGGGGGGAACCCAGUGUGGCCCCAGGGCAGCUUGGGCAGCGAAUGAGAGCUAUGAGGAUAGUGGCUGGAGAUGAAGUAUGGAUGUCGUAUAAGGAGAUGUGGAGGGUCAGCCUUGAUUGGAGAGGAGACAACUGGGUGAAAUGGUCCAGGGUUGCUGUAGUCCCUGUAAAGACAGCCAAAGGGACAAGCAACUCCUCCAUAGAAAGGCCGGCAGGAGGGUCUAGGAGAUGAGGAAGUGGGGGGUGGGGGAAGGGGGAGAUUACUUCUCUUUGAGUUUUCUGUGGCUAGGGGUGACUAGGGACAAGUGAAUUAAAGAGUCUCAAGUGAUCAGCAAACGUUCCUCUUGUUUGCCCAUUUCUGGAGUUGAGAGGGCAGGGAGAGUAAGAAUCUAGAAAAAACAAGUUACUUUAGUUUUGGGAAUUGUCAUUUAACCAAAAUGGAGGAGCUUCAUAAAAUGGUGUGACAGCUGGCCAGUGCUUUGAUCCCAGCACUCGGGCGGCAGAGAUAGGUGGGUCUCUGUGAGUUCAAGGCCAUCCUACAAAUCGAGUUCCAGGACAGUCAGGGCUACACAGAGAAAUCCUGUCUCAAAAACCACAGACAACAAACAAAGAUGUGACUACUACUAACAGCCCACAGCAGGGAACCUAGCUCCUCCCUCAAGCCCCAGUGCCUGUCUUCUGUAGAUCCUGGGAGUUGAGCUAACUUUCCUUGAAACCAUUCCCCACCUGGAUAGACAGUAAGUAAAUUGAAUCACGAAGAUGACAAUGGAGAGGAAAGUUAGGCUGUUAUCACACGGGGUGAGUUAGAGCAGGAAAGAGGAAGGGUGUUCCCAUGUGGAGUAGGCCUAGGGACCCUGACCCUUUAGCUAGUUCCAUUCUCCAUGUUCCUCCAGGAGCAGAGGCAACAGAGCCCACACAGGGACUUGCCCUUCCAGCUGCUCACAGUAUAGGGAAGACCCUCAACCUGUGCUUCAGCUGCUCUGAGCCUGGGGUAAACUGAGGGCCAGAGAACAAUCUCUGUGAGGUGGGAGGUGAUCUCUGUGUCCUUUUGAGUCUUACUGGAGAGGUGUUUGACAGGAGGUGUCUGGGAAAGAUAGUUUCCACUAGAAGCAAUGCCAGGCUGGCAUUUGAUAGCUUUCUGGUCCCAAGUCUGUGAAGCUAAGAUCCCUUGGAGCUUCUGUCAACCUUGCCCUAGAUUGGAAAUCGGCUAAAAUGCACCAUCAAAAUAACCUCAACAUCUCUACCAGAGACACUGGUCCCAGUGACAUGGAGGGACCAGGGCCACCCCUAGAAUGUAUCAUCUCGCCCUGGUGUGCAAUAAAUGGCUGACCAUGGAGAGCCAUGGUGGCCGAAAUGACAA